AUGGACAGUCAAAGCAAAAUUAUGAAUAACCUAAUUGCCAAACCAGAUAUCUUCACUGGUGAUAAAGCCGACGAGAAUCCACUUUUAUGGCUAAAACAAGUAGAUAGAUUAAGGACAGGUUUAUCGUUGACCGACGACAACAUAUUAUUUAUAAUUGGAAAUCAUCUUCGCGGGCGUGCAGAGAUCUGUAAAAUUAGAUAUUUCAAGAAUGCACUUAGAAAAGAUAUACAGUAUGAGCUGGAUAGAGCGCGAUUGAGGAAUCCCACUUGGAAUGAAGUAACUGAUGAGGCGCGUAGUAUUGAGCUUUUGCAAAAGAAACAUAAUUUAAUCGAUUAUAACACCGUCACCAAUCAGCAUGCAAUAGUAGAAGAAGGCAAGGGAUAUGCCCCUGGAAACUCAAAUACUAUUACUGUACGCCGUCACACUCAGCAAGUAACAAUAUCUUGGAAUCAACUCUGA